AUGUCUGUUUAUUUCCCCAUUCACUGCCCUGACUAUCUGAGCUCGGCCGAGAUGACUGAAGUGAUGAUGAACACCCCAUCCAUGGAAGAAAUUGGUCUCAACCCCCGAAAGGAUGGCCUUUCCUACCAGAUCUUCCCUGACCCGUCAGACUUUGACCGCUGCUGCAAACUGAAGGACCGUCUGCCGUCCAUUGUGGUGGAGCCCACAGAGGGGGAGGUGGAGAGUGGGGAGCUCCGGUGGCCCCCCGAGGAGUUUUUGGUCCAGGAGGACACGCAGGACAACUGUGAAGAGACAGCGAGUGAAAACAAGGAGCAGUAG